AUGACUGAUAAAUUUAAUUGCGAUUCUUCGAAUAGAACAGAUGAUUACUUUAUGCAAGUUUGCCAACCAUUAUAUUCAAAUAGAUGUUAAUAGAGAGAAGAGAUCGAAUUCAAAUUUAGAUAAUCAAAAUAGGAUUAUGUGUUUCCUCGAAUGCCUUUUGAAGAAACACCUGAAAAAUAUUAAACAAUUGAAUCUCCCCAUCGUUUAAAAACAGAAGGAAAUGAAAAAUCAGAAGAUCAAUUAGAUCUAAAUUUUAAUUUUAAUAGUUCAUCUGAACAUUUAUCAGACGAUGCAGUUGUAUUAUAGCCAAAACCUUAUUAAUAAAAAUUAAAGCCUCCUCAACCUAAAAAGGCCAAACAUCCAGCUACAUAAUAAACAUAUAGAACCAUCUUAAACGACUUAGAAAGGAAGUUGCAUACAAUAAAUUGCAAAGAUUUUGUUAAGAAAAAAUGCGAAUAAAAAGGGGCCUCCAGAGCAAAGAGCAAUUCCAACAGCACAACACAUUAUAAUAGUCAUUAUCAACGGAAACCCUUUGAAAUAGAUACCAAAACCUCCUCUGUGAAGAAGUCCAUUCCAACUGAGUCCAAAAAGUCACUUAGCAAAACCACUCUCGCAGCCAUUUUAUUGAAAUAGAAAAGCAAGAGCAAUCCAUCCAAGACCAAUAAUAUCUUUAAUGUUAAUAAUAGUCAUAUCAAUCUUAAUGUUAAUAUUAAUAGUUAAACUAUGGAUUUAUAGUAAUAAGCUUUAACUGUGGCAUAAAUACUAUAGAAAAAAUAGUUGUUGAAUCGCUCCUCUCUAUCCAGCUAUUAGAGAAAUUCUAAUCGAUGUUCUACUGAACCCUUGGAAGAGAUGAAAGCGAGGCUAUCCAAUAAUCACUAAAAAAAUAAAACUACGGUUACAAAUCAAUCCAGAUGCCACACUGGAAUGGAUGUAAGAGCCUAAAGCACUAUCCAAUAUUUAAACUAAAUGAAAAAAUAGCAAAUUAAAAAGAAUUAAAACCAGUAACAUCAACAAUUCUAAUAAAAACAACCUCCAACUAUGUAAAUUAAGCCUUAGUAAAAUAUAAAACAGAGAUCCAGUACAAAUACUUCUAAACCAAGAAUUUCAUCUGGUAAAUAUAAAAAAUAUAAUUUAUCUAUAGAAAUGAAUUGA